AUGACGAUGAUGCGUAUCACCAAGGACAUGGUGGGCGUCGUCCUGGGUCAGAUGACGAACCAUGGUCCAUUCCCCGACUCGAUUCUCCAAGAGAUGCAGGGCGAUCCUCAGGGCGCUUCUGCCCAGGCGCUUCGACACCUCGACAGCUUCACCCACGCCCACUUUGCCUUCUACAUGCCUGCCAAUUACUUUAUCCAGAAUGCGGCCGCGGGCAGCUGGGUUGCUCUGCUCAUUGUUCUUGGAGCCGCUAUUUUGACAAAGAGGAUUUUCGACAAGGCCUUUUGGCUCUUCAAGUUUCAGCGAAGGUCGGAGGGCGUCUACAUUCCAAAUGCGCUCAACACCUUUCUGCUCUUCGAAGGGUGCUUUGCCCUCAUUUGGAUCGUAUUCAUCACCAUGCAGUAUCUAUCAUACGAUCGGCAUCGUGAUAGUCUUCAACACCAUCUCGGCGUCUUCAACCUCAUAAUUUGGUGGCCGCUGUGGAUCGGUGCCUUUUUCGCCGGAUGGGGUUCCUUCUACACGGCCCCCGGCGCCCUUGAUAAAGGGCCGCUGAGCUCGAGCCGGUUGGGACGUUUUGUACCACGUCCGCUCCUUGUCAACAUCUUCUGCUUGGGCACGCCCAUCCUCCUCAUCAUUUCUCUUAUCCCUUCGAUCGUCUUGACGCAGAGAAGCCUCGGCCGCGCCAUCGACAUCUAUGACGUCUUUCGCAAAGACAUUCUUGCUGCCGCGGCCUCCGCAUCGCCUCUGGUCUCGAGAGAUACGGCCGACAUGUUCUUGCAGAGAGCCAGCGAUAUCUGGCAGAUGCAGACAAGGACACAUUACUACAUGUCAAUUGGCUAUGCCAUCUGGCCUGUCUGGGCAGGCCUCUUUCUACUCUUUUACAUUCCUGCUGGUGGCUAUCUGGCCUGGCUUGUUUUCAACCAGGUUCGCCGUCAACGGGCACUGCUCAUCGACCUCGACCGCAAGCAGCGAGAGACGAUGAAGAAGGAGCCUCGGGAGGAAGACGGCCCUGCGCCCCUCGUUUUGGCAAAUGCUGCUGGUCCCGGUCAAGUGCCCCUCUUGUUCCAGCCCCUUUCAUCGUCGCAAGAGUUGGGAGAGGAAGCUCUCACGGUGGUCGGUGAAGGAGAAUGGCCCAUGCACCAACAGCCAAGGCACCAACAGCCGGAGACAAAGGGUCAAAUGCAGCAGCAGCAGCAGCAGCUACAGCAGCCAUUUGCUUCACCACCCGUAACACCUUCGACGGCCGUGACAAAUUCGGACAACUCCGAAGGUCACGAAGUCUUCUUUCCUGCACUUAAGCCCGAAGUGCAAAAGAGGGCGACGCGCAAGGUGACGCAGAGAAACGGCACGCCGGCCUCUCGCUAUCGUUACCUGCGGCGAUGUUUUGUCAACCUCACCGUCCUUUACGUCAGCAUCGUCCUGGCUGCGGCUGUCUACCUGGCCGUGUCUGCGUCGUUGGCUCGUUACCUUUACGAGAUGAGCAUUCGUGGACCAGAAGACAUCACCAACCUCGUCUAUGCCGUCUGUCUGGCUACGGCGUGGUGCAACGUAACAUUCGGGACGGCUACCUUCUUUGCCAUCUUUUCAAGGUUUCUCGAUCCAGCCAACGCACCUUAUCGCGAAGAUGACUUCUCCUCCAAGGGGCAAGGACACAAGCGUUCGCCCUUUGCCUUUCGUGCGGGGACUGGAGGAUCCAAGACCUUGGCUGGCCCAAGCCCUCACGACAAGACCAGGACUUUGCCCGCCGUUCCGGAGAGCGUGGGCCAGACGAUUGAUUCGACAUUGCAGUCGGUGUCGAUCUCGAGAAGCGCAUGGGAUCAGCAGCAGCAGCAAGCCCCGGACGGCAAACCAAGAGCAAAGACGAUGAUGAGCUUCCGCAUCAUGAGGGAUGCUGGUCGCUCUGGAGCCCUUUUGCUUCGGCCGACGGGCGACCAAUUGGCCAGCCAGGCCUCUUUCGGGCAGCCAGAUUCUGCCAAUGUAUCGACGCACGGAAGACCGAGCGCGGACGAGUCAGGUGCUAACACGCCAAGAAUGGCAGCAAAGCGCAAAAAGUCGCGCACCAAUCGACAUCGCGGCGUAGGCGAUGAGGCAUCCUCUUCCUUCAUCAUGGAGGAGUACGCAUCACAGACGAGCUCAGCUAGAUCCUAUCGCGAAGGUCGGACCGUCUACUACCCUACGCCCUUUGGACCAAUGCCUGCUCCAGCGCCCCCAGAACCGAACCCUCUUCCACCGGAGAGAUCGCCACCUCGAACGCCAAUUCGGGCCGACAUGCCCGGAAGCCCGGCAGGAACAUCUUCACCUGGCAGCAACGAGAGCUCGGAACAGCAUCAGAGAAAGCACAAGAGCUCAAAGAGCCUCAGCAAGAGUCGGUCCAACGAGCACACGGAGAUCUUGGGCGAUCUGUUGCUUCUGCAGAAGAAGACUCGGUCGCCCACAGGUCCCUCGUCAGCUGGCUCGGCAGUGGCUGCAUCAGCUGCUUCGGGUGGAAUGCCCAGGACACCGAGCUUGUCGUCCAACAAUGUUUCGCCUUUUCUCAGCACCCCUCCGAGAAAGGAGCGAAGCGCCUGGGUAGCCAGAGAAUGGGCGAAUCAGCCAGGGUCUUCGAGCCAUUGGUCGACUCUUCCCCAGCCUCCUCAACCCUCAUCACCAACCGCUCGCUCGUCUUCUGCAUCUCUUGUCACGAGCCCCUCCCUCCCUUCCGCUCUUGGAUUUAAUCGAGCCACCAGCACGCCCCACAUGAGAAGCUCGGCUCCCUCUCCCGGCGAGUUCCACACACCACCAUCCUCGCAGACAGAGCUCGAUCCGCUCUCGAAUGGCAAUCAGUCGUUUGACGUCGCCAUUGCCCACUAUGGAAAUGCCCUCCUUCCAUUCUGCACGAUCCGAGUCUGCAAAUUGGUCUCCGUCAAUGAUCAAGCUGAGCCCCAGGCACUCGAAGAGGGAAUCGCUUGGGGAGCCUGCUCCGCCGCCAGCCAAUCCGAUUCCAGCCGCACCUCGACAAUCGGUGUCUGUGACCCCAUCUUCUUCAUGGUCACCAGGAGCCGGAGGAGGUCUUGGUCUAGCGCAUCUGAGGAGGGGCUCGUCUACUCAGCUGAACCCUGA